GCUAGAUUACCUAUGAUGCGAAAUACACCCUCCAUGGGCAAUGCCAUGUCCCAUCGGAUUUCCGAACCAAACCAUCGGAUAUCCGACGCAAGAGAUGGGUAUGAUUCAUACGAUGGCUAUGGCGGAGGUGGCGGUGGUUUUGGAGGUUGGUUUUCAUUUUUUCUUCGCAUGUAUAAGCUUUUAUCUAACUUUUUAGGCCCAGGGCGUCAGGGAGGAUUUGGUGGCGGGCCACCCGGUGGCGGCUUUGGCGGUGGAUUUGGUGGACCCGGAGGGGGCUUUGGAGGUCCAGGUGGCUUUGAUGCUGCGCAGAGCCCGCUCGAUGCGGAAAUUCAGGUUGUUAUCCGAGAAAUUCACAACGAGUUAGGAAUGUUCGACGCUUCUGGGGAGUAUGGGGAGCAGUUCAAAAACGCUCGUCGUCUCUUAGCUGCUGAAUCUGACAAACUGGAGAACAACAUUGAUCCCGAAUGGCUUGAGGUUGAUAUACCGAAGCCAAUAAAGGUCACAAAGAAGGUGCUCAUCCCAAACUUCCGUCAUCCCAGGUUCAACUUUGUUGGAAAAAUCCUCGGACCCAAAGGAGCUUCGCUCCAGGCUAUGGCUAAAACCUACAAGUGUCAUAUUUACGUCUUGGGACGUGGGUCCACAAAGGACAGAAAUAAGGAACAAGAAUUACUUAGCUCGGGUGAUCCACAGUAUGCUCACUACGGCGGUCCCCUUCACGUCAAAGUAGAAACCAUUGCUCCAGCGCAUAUCGCCUACAAGAGGGUUGCUGGUGUUUUAGAAGAAUUGAAUCGUAUUUUGCAGCCUGUGCGUGAGGACACCACUCCAGGACAUCUCAAAGAAGGUGAAAAUGGAAAUGGUGACGCCGCUGAUGGUGGAGAUGGCUCUAAAGAUGGUGGAAAUGAUGGUGGUUCGUGA